AUGCCCCCCAAGAAACUCGCCGUCGGCGCCGCCGGCCUCGGCCGCAUGGGCAAACGCCACGCAUUGAACUUCCUCAACCGUGCGCCCCGCGCAACCCUCGUGGCCGCGUUCUCGCCAGACCCCGAGGAAAUAUCCUGGGCAAAGCAGCACCUGGAGCCGCACGGCGUGACCCUAUACACCCAGUACGAGGAUAUGAUCGCACAUCCCGGGUUGCAGGCUGUUGUUAUCGGCACUGCGACGUCGGUUCAUGCCGAGGAGGCUGUCAAGGCUAUUGAACGCAAUCUUCACGUGCUUUGUGAGAAGCCGUUGAGUAUUAGUGUUGAUAUUUGCAACGAAGUCGUCUCCGCCGCCCGCGCCCGCCCACACCUCAAGGUAAUGUGCGGAUUCUCCCGACGCUUCGACGAAUCCUACAGAGCCGCCUACAAGAAGGUCGAAAACGGCCUCAUCGGCCGCCCCUCCGUUCUGCGCAGCCAAACAUGCGACAAGCACGACCCGUCGGGCUUCUACGUCGAAUACGCCAGCUGGUCCGGCGGCGUCUUUGUCGACAUGGCCGUGCACGACAUCGACCUGACCCUAUGGUUCUUCGGGUCCGACAUCAUCCCCAAGUCGAUUUCGGCUUAUGGUUUGACAGCCGUUACGCCUGAUUUGAAGAAACAUAAUGAUUUCGACAACGCCGUGGGGAUCGUCGAGUUCUGGAACGGGAAGAUCGCGUACUACUACUGCUCCCGGAUGAUGGCUCACGGGCAGGAAGACGUGACGGAGAUCAUCGGGACAGAGGGCAAACUCAGCGUGAACCUGAACCCCGCAGAUAACCUGGUGAACUACUACCACGCCGGCGGAAUCACGCGCGAAGUCCCGGCCACAUACUGGGGCCGCUUCGAGCAGGCGUUUGUGCGGGAGACGCAGGAGUUUGUGGACGCGUGCUUGGACGACACGCCGCUGCCGAUGAAGUUGGGGAAUGCGGUCAAGGCGGUGCAGAUUGGGGCGUGGUUGCAGGAGGCGCUGGUUUCGGGGAAGCAGCUCAAGUUUGAUGAGACGGGGAGGAGGGUUGAGGCUUCCAAGAUCUAG